CAGAUCUCGCGAGGUUUCGGGAGAUCUUCUCGCGUGUCCUACUAGUUUGCAGAAGGGCACAGAAGAGCUGCAACUCACCCUUCAAACAUGCUGUCCCGACUCGCCCUGAUCUCAGCCAGCUCUCUAAAAGGCUGCAGCCCCAUUGGAGCUGGUUUGGUUCAUGCAUCUCGCUCCUUGCACACCACAUCCCAGAGUCUGGCCCCUCUUCCCCCUCUGCCAGAGAAAGGAGGCAAAGUUCGCCAUGGCAUCUUCCCAGAGGAGAUUUUCCAGAUGUUGUACCCCAAAACUGGUGUCACAGGGCCCUACAUGCUGGGCACCGGCCUCCUCCUUUACAUGCUUUCCAAGGAAAUCUAUGUCAUCAACCAUGAGACGUUUGCUGCCAUUUCCAUAAGUGCAGUCAUCAUCUAUGGUAUCAAGAAAUUUGGUCCAGAUGUUGCAGCUUUUGCUGACAAACUGAAUGAGGAAAAAGUGGCCAAGGCCCAGGAGGUGAAAGACCUUGCCAUGUCUGGCUUGACUCAGGCCAUUGACGAUGAGAAGAAGGAACAGUGGAGGGCUGAGGGAAGAGCAGUGCUCUUUGACGCCAAGAAGAAUAAUGUGGCCAUGCUGUUGGAAACCAACUACAGGGAGAGGCUACAUAUGGUGACCAAUGAGGUGAAGAGGCGUUUGGACUAUCAGAUUGCCCUGCAGAACCUCCACCACCGGAUGGAGCAGGAGCACAUGGUCAACUGGGUGGAGAAGAAUGUGGUCAGCAGCAUCACUCCUCAGCAGGAGAAGGAGAGCAUCGCUAAAUGCAUCGCAGACUUGAAGGCGUUGGCUAAGACCACUCAGGCCAAAGCGACAGCCUGAAAAGUCCUGACCCUGGAGAAGACUGCUCAAACCCCGAACUCAUAGAAAAAAGACAUAAUUUUUGUUUAUGGAAUAAACUAUUUCCUCUAUAAUAAUAGUCUAUGUCAAUACUAUGGGUGUGUACAGUAUUUACACGUCUGCUGAUGGUAAAAUAAAUGGUUCUCUUAUUCAA